AUGCAAUUACUUAUUGAGCGUAACCUUGUAAAGUUUGUCAAUGAUAAGAUUCAUGUGCAUGAUUUGCUACAAGAGAUAGGGAGGGGAAUCACUACAAAUGAGCCAAAGGUCACAUAUAUCUAUGAUGUAUUCUUAAGUUUUAGAGGUGAGGAUACUCGUAAAUCAUUUACUACUCAUUUGUAUACUGCUCUGAAACAAGCAAGAAUUGAGGUCUUCAUGGAUGAAGAAGGGAUUGCAAGGGGAGAACAUAUUUCAGGUUCAUUGCUACGGGCAAUUGAAUGUUCAAGAAUUUCAAUCAUUAUAUUCUCAAAGAAUUAUGCCGGCUCUAGUUGGUGCUUACAAGAAUUAGAGAAAAUCAUGGAGUGUUACAGAACAACUAAUCAAGUGGUUUUUCCAAUAUUCUAUGAUGUGCAACCGUUUGAAGUUCGUAAACAACAAAAUGCUUUUGGAAAAGCAUGGGAACGGCUUACAGCAAGAUCCUCAAGUAGUAAAGGCAAGCAAUUGACAAAUAAUUUGAAGAGAGUCCUUGUUGAGGCUGCUAACUUAUCAGGGUGGGAUAUGCAAAACUACAGAACUGAGGCUGAGUUACUUGACAAUGUUGUUGAAACUAUCACAAUGAGCCUAGACAACACCAAAUACAUGUUUGUUGCUCACCAUCCAGUGGGUUUGGAGUCUCGCGUGCAAGAUAUCAUUCGAUUGCUAAGUAGUGAAUCAAAUGACACUAUCAUAAUAGGCAUUUGGGGGAUGGGAGGGAUUGGCAAGACCACAGUGGCUAAAGCUAUUUAUAAUGAAAUCGGCCAAAGUUUUGUGGUAAAGAGUUUCCUUGCAAAUAUUAGGAAAGUAUGGGAGCAAGAUAAUGGCCAAGUUUAUUUGCAAGAACAACUUCUUUCUAACCUCUUAAAAACAAGAAGGAUCAAGCUACCAAAUGUAGGAACAGGAGAAACUCUAAUCAAGGAAAGUCUUUGUAAAAAAAGAGUAUUUCUUGUAUUAGAUGAUGUGAAUAAUGAAGACCAACUCAAAGUUUUAUGUGGAAAUCGUGAAUGGUUUGGUCAAGGUAGUAGAAUAAUUAUCACUACUAGAGAUGAACGUUUGCUUCAAAUCCUUCAAGUGGAUAAAGUAUUUAAUGUGAGAGGAAUGGAAGAUUAUGAAUCCAUUGAGCUUUUCAGUUGGCAUGCUUUUAAGCAAGCGUUUCCUAAAAAAAAAUUCAUCAAACUUUCAAGAAGUGUAGUAUCAUACUGUAGAGGGCUGCCACUUGCUCUUGAAAUCCUUGGCUCAUAUUUGUUUGAUAGAGAAGUACCUUACUGGGAAAGCACUUUGAAUAAAUUGAAACAAAUUCCAAAUGGUAAAAUAUUUGAAAUCCUAAAACUAAGCUAUGAUGGUUUGAGUGACCAAAUAGAGAAAGAGUUGUUCCUUGAUAUAUGUUGUUUUUUUAUCGGGAAGGAAAGAAGCUAUGCUACUCAAGUAUUAGAUGGUUGUGGGCUUCAUGCAGAAAUUGGGAUCACCCACCUAAUUGAGCGAAGCCUUAUAAAAGUUGUACAAUUGGGAAACAAAAAUGUACUUGAUAUGCAUGAACUACUGCGUGAUAUGGGAAGAGAAAUCAUUCGUGAGCAAGCACCGAAGGAGCCAGAGAAGCGUGCAAGGUUAUGGUUUAAUGAUGAUGUGUUGAAUGUCUUGGAAAACAACAUUGGAACAAUAACGAUUGAGGGGUUGUCUUUAAGCAUGCCAAGAAACAAUUCAGUAUCCUUGAGUACCAAGGCAUUUAAGAAGAUGAAGAUGCUUCGUUUACUCAAAUUUGAUAAUGGAUGUAAUGAAAGAGGUUUUGGACUUAAUUCGCUUCCGGGAGACAAUUAUCCUCUUUGGCAGAAUUUUAAAGGUGAAGGAUCUUCAAUAUUCUUGGAAGUUCCUCAAAUUGUUGGCAAAACUUUGAAAGGAUUGAUUCUGUGCAUAAUCUAUUUGUCUUCUCCAGACAAUAUGACAUCUGUAUCUCAUCCUGUUGGUAUCUUGGUAUCAAACCAUACAAAGGCCACCAUGAAAUUCUACCAAAAAGAUGCAACAACUAGUCCAAAUGAUGAAGAUAAUUGGCAAGACUUAAUUUUUAAUUUGAAGCCUGGUGAUAGAGUGGAGGUUAUAGUCACUUUUGCAUGUGAAUUAAGAGUGAAAAAUACACUUGUCUAUUUAGUGUAUGAUGAAGAUGUUUGCAAGAGAAUCAUGUAUUGA